GCACGCCAAAACAGGUCAGGACUUGAAUUUUGCCGAGUCAGCAAAUCCGUAGAAAGCAACGAUGGGCGACACCACAAACAGGGGCCAAGAUGAAGCAGCGGAAACGGCUGCGGCGGCCGAGGCAGUGGCUGACUGUAUGCUGGACGUGAGCGUGGAUGUGCCAGCGAAUGCGGAGCGGGCCUUCAAGCUGUGGCUGGACCAUGUGUGGCUUGGUGGUGGUGGUCUGGGCAAGCCUGCCAUCCUGGAAGAAGGAGACACCAACCACCAUCGCCUUCACUGCGUGAGAAGAGUUGCUGGCGGCGUGAAGGAGAAGAUCACGGCGGUCGAUCCGUUUGACGCCAUCUCCUAUCGCAUCAUCGGUGGCCCGUUCCCUGUUCGCUCACACCAUGCCACCGUCCACUUUCGUGAAAAGGGCCCCAACGUGACAAAUGUGCACUGGCACUGUGAGAUGGACAUUCCCUGGGGACUGCAAUGGAUUGUCACGGCCAUCACUCGAUUUGCAUUCAAUCGAAUGCUCUCUGCUCUCGCAACGGCCGCAGCCACGUCCCCGUGACACUGCACACACUGCACACACGCAAAAGAAGCAACUGACACUCAUUUUUGUUACUCUCGCCCUCUUCCUUGCUCUCUCUCUCUCUCUCUCUGUCAUCAUCGUGUGUGUCCUUGUCUUUCUCCUUUUCGCCAACAUCAACCGUCACAAAACAACAUAGCAGGCAGUGAGUGCAUCUCCUCUGCUUUCUCCGUUCGUGCUGCGCACUUGGUUGCGCUCGAUCACAACUGUAAUAAAGAACCUCAUGCACGCGUG